GCUCUCCUCAACUAGGACCAAAAAAGAGAGGAGAGCAUGAAGAGCGCGCGGAUCGGGACUUGAAGCUACCAUAACGGAACACGAGGAUUCUUGAAUUCGGUCAAACGGCACCUGUGAUGCCUGCCGGAAUCAACGACCCCGAAAGCAUGCUAAGCUACCAGAGACCUGAUGAGGAGGUGGUGGUAGACCAGGGGGGGACCAGCUCAGUCCUCAACAUCCACUAUGAGAAGGAAGAGCUGGAGGGCCACAGGACUCUGUUUGUGGGGGUGCAUAUGCCCAUGGGCAGGCAGAGUCACCGCCACCACCGGCCCCACAGCUCGCGCCACCGCAAGAAAGAGAGGCGGACCAGCAGCACUCCCAGCCAGCCGCAGGAGGCGGAGGGAGAAGGACUCUCGUCUUCUCAUGACACGCCCUCUCAGAGGGUGCAGUUCAUCCUGGGGACAGAGGAGGACGCAGAGCAUGUGACCCACGAGCUGUUCACAGAGCUGGAUGAGAUCUGUGUGAAGGAGGGCAAAGAUGCUGAGUGGAAGGAGACAGCCAGGUGGCUGAAGUUUGAGGAGGAUGUGGAGGACGGGGGGGAGCGCUGGAGUAAGCCCUAUGUGGCCACCCUCUCCCUUCACAGCCUGUUUGAGCUGAGGAGCUGUCUCAUCAACGGGAGUGUGUUGCUGGACAUGCACGCCAACAGCAUCGAGGAGAUCGCAGACAUGGUGUUGGACCACCAGGAGGCGUCCCACGAGCUGGACGACAGUGUGCGUGUGAAGGUGCGCGAGGCGCUCCUGAAGAGGCACCACCACCAGAACGAGAAGAAGAGGAACAACCUGAUCCCCAUGGUGCGCUCCUUCGCCGAUGCUGGCCGCAAGCAGUCAGAGCCCCACAACAUGGACAAGGCUGGUCCUGCUGUCUCUCCCCAGCCUCCUCCCACCAGCGUAGAGGUGAAGAAUGGGGCCAACCCAGACAGUGCCCAGGUAGACCUUAGCAAGGUGGACAUGCACUUCAUGAAGAAGAUCCCCACAGGAGCGGAGGCCUCUAACGUGCUGGUGGGAGAGCUGGACUUCCUGGAGAGACCCAUCGUGGCCUUCGUCCGCCUGUCUCCCGCUGUGCUGCUCACUGGCCUCACUGAGGUCCCCAUACCUACCAGGUUCCUGUUCAUCCUCCUGGGCCAGGAUGGAAAAGCUCAGCAAUACCACGAGAUUGGCCGCUCCAUGGCAACCAUCAUGACAGACGAGAUCUUCCAUGACGUGGCCUACAAGGCCAAGGACCGAGAGGACCUGCUGGCUGGGAUAGACGAGUUCCUGGACCAGGUGACCGUGCUGCCCCCUGGGGAGUGGGACCCCUCCAUACGCAUCGAGCCCCCCAAGAACGUCCCCUCCCAGGAGAAGAGGAAAAUGCCGGGGGUUCCCAACGGCACCACCUGCGUGGUGGAGGAGGAGCUCCAUGCUGAGGAUCACGGUCCUGAGCUGCAGAGAACAGGAAGGUUGUUUGGAGGUCUGAUUCUGGACAUCAAGAGGAAGGCUCCGUUCUACCUGAGUGACUAUAGAGACGGCAUUAACCUGCAGUGUGUCGCCUCCUUCCUGUUCCUCUACUGCGCCUGCAUGUCCCCGGUCAUCACCUUCGGAGGACUGCUCGGAGAGGCCACCGAUGGGUGCAUUAGUGCCAUCGAGUCUCUGCUGGGUGCUUCUAUGACAGGGGUAGCCUACUCCCUGUUCGCGGGUCAGCCCCUCACCAUCCUGGGGAGCACAGGCCCUGUGCUGGUCUUUGAGAAGAUCCUCUACAAGUUCUGCAAAGACUACGGCCUGUCCUACCUGUCUCUGAGGACGUGUAUCGGCCUGUGGACGGCCUUCCUGUGCCUGGUCCUGGUCGCCACGGACGCCAGCUCGCUGGUGUGCUACAUCACGCGCUUCACGGAGGAAGCCUUCGCCUCGCUCAUCUGCCUCAUCUUCAUCUACGAGGCGCUGGAGAAGCUGAUCCACCUGGGAGAGCUCUACCCCAUCAACUCACACAGCAACCUGGACCAGCUCACACUGGCCUACUGUCGGUGUGCAGAGCCUGGAGAGCCCAGUAAUGCCACUCUGGAGCUUUGGAGUAAGAGGAAUAUAACAGCCUCCACUGUGCCCUGGGCUAACCUCACUGUCAAGGAGUGUAUGAGCAUGCAGGGCCAGUUUGUGGGCACAGCGUGUGGCCACCACGGCCCCUACACCCCUGACGUGCUCUUCUGGUCGGCCAUUUUGUUUUUUGCCACCUUCUUGAUGUCCGGCUUCCUCAAGCAGUUCAAGACCAGCCGCUACUUCCCAACCAAAGUGAGGUCGAUGAUCAGUGACUUUGCAGUCUUCCUGACCAUUGUGAUCAUGGUCCUACUGGACUACUGCAUCGGAGUGCCCACUCAGAAGCUGCAGGUGCCCAGCAAGUUUCAGCCAACGCGAAACGACCGUGGCUGGCUGAUCAGCCCCAUAGGAGAGAACCCCUGGUGGACGGUCCUGGCUGCUGCCAUCCCUGCCCUGCUCUGCACCAUCCUCAUCUUCAUGGACCAGCAGAUCACUGCUGUCAUCAUCAACCGCAAGGAGCACAAACUGCUGAAGGGCUGUGGCUACCACCUGGAUCUGUUGAUGGUGGCAGUGAUGCUGGCUGUGUGCUCCAUCAUGGGCCUGCCCUGGUUCGUGGCGGCCACCGUCCUCUCCAUCUCCCACGUCAACAGCCUGAAGCUGGAGUCGGAGAGCUCCGCCCCCGGCGAGCAGCCCCGCUUCCUGGGGAUCCGAGAGCAGCGCUUCACCGGCCUCAUGAUCUUCAUGCUCAUGGGCUGCUCCGUGUUCAUGACCGGGGCUCUGCAGUUCAUCCCAAUGCCAGUCCUGUAUGGAGUAUUCCUUUACAUGGGAGCGUCUUCACUGAAGGGCAUCCAGCUGUAUGACCGCCUCCUGUUGUUCGGCAUGCCGCCCAAGCACCAGCCAGACUUCAUCUACCUGCGCCACGUCCCUCUGAGGAAGGUGCACCUCUUCACUGUGACCCAGCUCACCUGCCUGGUGCUGCUGUGGGUCAUCAAGACCUCCCCCGCCGCCAUCGUCUUCCCCAUGAUGGUGCUGGCUUUAGUGUUUAUCCGCAAGCUGCUGGAUCUGUGUUUCUCCAAGAGGGAGCUAAGCUACCUGGAUGAUAUCAUGCCAGAGAGCAAGAAGAAGAGGCUGGAUGAUGCCUGCAAGAGCGUCGAGGAGGAGUCAGAGGAGAUCUUGGGUACAGCAGGAGAAGAUAAGACCGUAAUUCAGAUCCCCAUGGAGGAAAGCAAGCUCCUGCAAUCUCCCAAGACAACACAUGACCCCAGGUGUGACCCCUCUGAUAUAAACAUUUCUGAUGAGAUGUCUAAAACCACCGUGUGGAAAUCCCUCAGCUCCAACCAAAAGGACGCACGCACAGGGGCCGCUAAAAAGGAUUGACGAUCUGGAGUUCAUAGACCAGUGAGUGUGGAAGCUGUUCUCUACGGCUGCUGUGACCCACCCACUUCCUGAGGCUGUGACCCACACACUCAAACCACUGCCCCCUUCUGUUCCAGCGGUGGUACUGCACACUCCCUCCUGAACCCACUUAAUACUUUACCAGUUCCGAACACAGCACACCUCACUGUUGCUGCUCUUGCACAUCCUGCCCAGCACAACCUCACACACAAAUCCUCCCUCUUCUAGAGCAAAAUAAUUUCUCACACCCACCCAUUAGCUAGUUCUGUAUAAUGAAUACUCCUUGUAUUCCAAUCCAGGAUUUUCCAGUAGCACUGUUAGUCACUUAUUUUAAUAUAUUAUAACCUUUUUUUCUGUGCCAUAACUGUGGUCUCAGUGGUGGUCUUGUAAAAUUAUUUUUAGAUUUGAAUGAAUAUUACUGGAUCACUAAUAUAGAGAUCUAUCUUUGUGCACAAUGUCUGUGUUCAUUCUGUGCAAUAUGAAAGAGACCUAUAAUGACCUACCUUGAAUGAGUGCCAUCACAAUAUUUCUAUAAGAAUUAUACUUUAUGAUCUGUGGUCAUGUAAUGAGUUGCUCAUCUUCAGAAUGUAUGGGAUGUAUGUGAAUGUAUUGAUACUACUGUAGCUGUUGUACAAGGUCAGGGAAGCCCAGAGGAUCACUACACUCGUAAAACCUACAACCUUGUCUUUGAGUGUGUGUGUUUGUGUGCGUGUGUGUUUGUGUGUGUGUGUGAGAGUGAUAUAUCCUAAAACCAAACAGGCUUAACAUUAGCAAUAACUGACCCCAGAUCACAGAACAAAAAAGAAUUUUUGGAUGUUGAGGUUCAUCUUUUGCGUUGUGACAGAUCAUCUCGUUAGACACGUGCUACCGUCAUAGGUUAACCUCCUGCGUCUGCAAGGAGGUUCCUCAGACCUGUGAGCUGUCUCAGCUGGUGUCAGCCCAGAUAGUGCCCAGACAGGAGUCCUUCCGGCACAAUCUUCUAGAAUAACAAGCCUUUACGUUGUAGUUGCACUUUGUGUAGAUACAGUACAUAUAUAUAUACACAUAGAAGUAUAUAUACAUAUAUGAUCAGUGUUUUUUUAUACAAAAUGUAGUAAGAGAAUAUAUUGCUGUUUUACAAUAAGUUCUGAUGAUUUAUUUUAGAUAUGAAUAUCACGGUCACUUUCCUUUCUGGACUGUAUAUAUUGUAACAAAGUAGUGCUAGCAGAACACUUGGUACACAAUAGUUACCCAAAUGUGAAUGAAACCAUCACAUGAAUCCCUCCAAUGUUUCCUGAGUCCAGGAUCGACUGCCUUAUGUUUCCAUGUCUGUCAUGGUCCUCAUGUCCCCGUCUGUCCUGUCUGUGAUGUGGGGCCGGGUAGGCUGGUUACAAGUAACCCCGCACAAACAGCCUAGUGGUUUGACAUUUGGUGAGCAGUGCUGCUGUAGUAGGAUGGCUGUUAAACGAGUCACUGGCACCAGUGAGUUUGUUCUGACUGAGAGCAGUAACGUCUGGUACCCUGUUCCUGUGAUGCAUUUGGAUGUACCUCUAUACAAGUGUUCUGUUGUCUUUGGACCCCUACUAUAACUGAAUAAUGUUGAUAAGGUAUUGCCUGAGAUACCUGGUAAAAAGCUGAAGAACAAGACAAUAGACAAAACAAAUACAACAGCAGCUUUGACAAUAUUAAAAUACUGCAACCAAACUGUAAAUAACAAAUAAGUUAACUGUACAGGACCAAGUCGAUAAACCUGCAGAAUAACUCCCAAUACUGCUAGUUAAUGUGCUCUCAGAAAAGACUUGAAUAAUUUAGCAAAGCAAUCUUUGUAAUGACCAAUGUAAUUGUUGACGUUGAUUGACACAUUGCUCAAUGUAAGAUUUCCAUAAGAACUGGCAGCAUACUGUGUGUGUGAGGGUGUAUUGUUGAAUGUGUGUGUUUAAGAAUUUGUGACCUUGUCCAGUACACAGUGGUUCUGUCAGUGUUGCUGUAACCUCUUCAACCCCAGACUCUGGUUCACCGGUAAACACUACUGAGGCCCAAGGUAGGCCAUAGAGGACCAUAGACCAGAGGCUCCCACAUUGACUGUUCAUGUAAAAAAGGCAUUGGGUUGACCAUGCUAUACAGCGCUCCAUUUGUUAAAUGUAACAGCUACAGGAUCUGUG